AUGAAUGCUUUCAGCCCACAUUGUACUGGAAGAUGCCUGCUUCUAUGGAAGUACAAAAUCCGUAUGUUUUACACACAUCUGUCUGCUCAGAAAGGAUUGGUUGGCACGCUCUAUGGAAGCCAUGGUGUAUUACAAACAGUCCAAUCUACACAUCAGGCUGUGCCCUUUAGUACUAAAAAGGAAAGAAUUGAUAUGUCCGAAUAUAGCACUGAAUACAUUAGAAAUUUUAGUAUAAUAGCCCAUGUGGACCACGGUAAAAGUACACUUGCUGACAGACUGCUGGAAAUAACUGGGUGUAUCCCUAAAGCCUCCUCCAAUAAGCAAGUACUUGAUAAGCUUCAGGUGGAAAGAGAAAGAGGCAUUACAGUGAAGGCUCAGACUGCAUCGCUUUUUUACACUUAUGAAGGAAAAAAAUACCUCUUAAAUUUAAUCGACACACCUGGCCAUGUUGAUUUCAGCUAUGAAGUCUCUAGGUCUUUGUCUGCUUGUCAAGGUGUCUUACUUGUGGUUGACGCAAAUGAGGGGAUUCAAGCACAGACUGUGGCAAACUUCUAUCUGGCUUUUGAAGCACAGCUUUCAAUUAUUCCUGUCAUAAACAAGAUCGACUUGAAAAAUGCAAAUCCAGAGAGAGUGGAGAAACAAAUAGAAAAAAUGUUUGACAUUCCAGCCAGUGAUUGCAUUAGGAUCUCUGCAAAGUAUGGAACAAAUGUGGAGAACGUUCUUCAAGAAGUUAUUAAAAGACUUCCAUCGCCAAGAAUUGAGGAGAACAUCCCCCUUAAAGCUCUGCUCUUUGACUCCACCUUUGAUCAUUAUAGAGGAGUGGUGGCCAAUAUUGCUCUGUUUGGUGGGGAGGUGAGCAAAGGCAACAAAAUUGUAGCUACCCACUCUGGAAAGAUCUAUGAAGUGAAUGAGGUUGGCAUAUUGACUCCUGAGGAACUGCCAGCUGAUAAAUUGUAUGCUGGUCAGGUGGGGUACCUAGUAGCUGGAUUGAAAGAAGUGCAGGAAGCACAAAUAGGAGACACGCUGUAUCUAUACAAUCAGCCAGUGGAGCCACUGCCUGGUUUUAAAGCUGCAAAGCCAAUGGUAUUCGCAGGCAUGUUUCCAGUGGACCAAUCAGAGUAUAACAAUUUGAAAAGCGCCUUGGAGAAGCUGGCUUUAAAUGAUUCCAGCGUGUCUGUUACCCGGGACAGCAGUGCAGCACUUGGAGCCGGAUGGAGGUUGGGUUUUCUUGGGCUUCUACAUAUGGAGGUUUUUAACCAAAGGCUGGAGCAAGAAUAUAAUGCAUCUGUGAUAAUGACAUCACCAACAGUCCCAUACAAAGCUGUGCUCUCUUCGCCAAAACUUAUAAAGGACUAUGGAGCAGAAGAAAUUACUAUUGUAAACCCCUGUGAAUUUCCUGAUAAAACUGUAGCAUCCGAAUACCUUGAACCUAUGAUACUGGGCACAAUCAUUUCUCCGGAUGAGUACCUUGGAAAGAUAAUGUCACUUUGCCAGACCCGACGUGCUGAACACAAAAGUUUUAUGUACAUUGAUGAGCACAGGAUCAUGCUGAAGUAUCUGUUUCCUUUAAAUGAAGUUGUGGUGGAUUUUUAUGAUAAUCUAAAGUCUCUGUCAUCUGGAUAUGCAAGUUUUGAUUAUGAGGAUGCUGGUUACCAAGCAUCUGACCUGGUCAAAAUGGAUAUUUUAUUGAAUGGGCGUCCUGUGGAAGAACUGGUAACUAUAGUACAUAGGCAAAAGGCCUAUUCAGCUGGUAAAGCAAUCUGUGAAAAGUUACAAGAAGCUAUUCCCAGACAACUGUUUGAAAUUGCAGUACAAGCAGCUAUUGGAAGUAAGAUCCUCGCAAGAGAAACAAUUAAAGCCUACAGAAAGAAUGUUUUGGCAAAAUGUUAUGGGGGUGAUAUCUCAAGAAAAAUGAAGCUCCUUAAGAAGCAAGCUGAAGGAAAGAAGAAAAUGAGGAAAAUUGGUAAUGUGGAAGUACCAAAGGAUGUAUUUAUCAAUGUGUUAAAAAGACACUCGGACAAAUGA